AUGUCUACUACAUUUACCAUAAAUGGGCGGCAGUAUACGGUAAGCCUAAGUGACCUUCCGCCGGACAUUACCCUGAAUACUUUUAUCCGGGAGCAUGCCCAACUGACGGCCACGAAGUUUAUGUGCCUGGAGGGAGGAUGUGGAGCCUGUUGCUGUGCAGUUAGCGAUGGCAAGAGUACCUGGACAGUGAAUUCAUGCCUCAAGCUGCUGAAUACCUGCACCCAGCUGGAGAUCACUACCUGCGAGGGUCUGGGCAGCCAGCAGAGUGGCUACCAUCCGAUUCAGAAGCGACUGGCCAAGAUGAAUGGCACCCAGUGCGGCUUUUGCUCGCCGGGAUUCGUGAUGAACAUGUACGGGCUGCUGGAGCAGCAUGGCGGCCGGGUGACCAUGGAGGAGGUGGAGAACUCCUUUGGGGGAAACAUCUGCCGCUGCACUGGCUAUCGUCCUAUUUUGGAUGCCAUGAAGUCCUUUGCCGUGGACAGCAAUAUUCAAGUUCCAAAAGAGUGCGGGGAUAUCGAGGUUCUAAGCCUAAAGGCUCGAAAUUGUCAGAAGACAGGAAAACCCUGCAAAGGUGGCUGUCGGCAAUCGAAACUAAUCUACGAAGACGGAUCCCAGUGGUACUGGCCCAAUAACCUGGCAGAGUUGUUCGAGGCGCUGGACGAGAUUGGUGACUCCGAUGAGUUUAUGAUGGUUGGAGGUAACACUGCUCAUGGUGUUUACAGGCGUUCACCCGAUAUCAAGCACUUUAUCGAUGUGAAAGCAGUGGAGGAUCUGCAUCAGUAUAGUUCUGAUAGAGAGAAACUAACACUGGGAGCUAAUCUAAGUUUGACGGAGACCAUGGAAAUCUUGAGAAAUACUUCUAAACAAUCUGGCUUUGAGUAUCUUGAAGUCCUGUGUAACCACAUUGAUCUGGUGGCCAAUGUUCCUGUCCGAAAUUCAGGAACUUUGGCGGGAAAUAUCUGCACUAAGAAACAACAUCCCGAAUUUCCAUCGGAUAUCUUUAUAUCCUUUGAAGCUUUGGAUGCAAAGGUCAUUGCCUUGAAGGGCAAAAAUGACGAAAAGGAAAUGUCUUUGGAGGACUUUCUGGGAGAUACCGAUAGAAAAAUGGUGCUCAAGGCUUUUAUAUUGCCUUCCUAUCCCAAGGAUAAAUUUAUUUACGACUCCUACAAGAUCAUGCCUCGUGCCCAGAAUGCCCAUGCCUAUGUCAACGCAGCCUUUCUUCUAGAAUUAGAUGCAGAUUCCAAGGUAAAGUCAGCCCGCAUUUGCUUUGGAGGAAUUAGACCGGACUUUACCCAUGCCAUCGAAAUUGAACAGUUGAUUGUGGGCCAUAGUCCCUAUGAAUCGAAUCUAAUAGAGCAGACAUUUAGUAAGCUAGAGAACCUGGUAAAACCAGAUGACGUUCUGCCUGAUGCCAGUCCCGCCUAUCGAUCCAAGUUGGCCUGCGGACUGCUCUACAAGUUCCUCCUGAAACACGCUCCCGACUCAGAAGUCAGUGGGAAGUUCAAGAGCGGAGGGGAGCUGCUUCAGCGGCCACUUUCCUCAGGCUUGCAGCUCUUUCAGACCCAGAAGCAAACCUACCCAGUGACCCAGGCGGUGCAGAAGCUGGAGGGGAUGAUCCAGUGCUCCGGAGAGGCCACCUACAUGAACGAUACCCUAACCACCGCCAACUCGGCUUACUGCGCCUUUGUGGGGGCCACCAAAGUGGGAGCCACCAUUGACCAGAUCGAUGCUACGGAAGCUCUCCAGCAUCCUGGGGUGGUGGCCUUUUACACUGCAAAGGAUAUUCCCGGAACGAACACAUUUUGUGAGCCCAGUUUUGGCUACGAGGCGGAGGAGAUCUUCUGCUCGGGAUUGGUGCGCCAUUCCGAACAACCAGUGGGAGUGAUUGUGGCUCUCACUGCUGACCAGGCUCAAAGGGCCACCAAACUGGUGAGGAUCAGCUACAGCAAUCCCAGCUCCGACUUCAAGUUGAUGCCGAGUUUGAAGGAUGUCUUUGCUGCAGAAACUCCAAAUUCUUCUCGCAUUUUGCCCUUUGGCAAUUCAAAGUUAAAGCAAGUCAAGUUCUCCGACAAACCGGAUUUGGAGGUGAGGGGCAUCUUCGAGAUGGGUCUGCAGUAUCACUUCACCAUGGAGCCCCAGACCACGGUGAUCAUUCCCUUUGAGGAUGGGCUCAAGGUCUUUUCGGCCACCCAGUGGAUAGAUCAAACCCAGUCGGUAAUUGCCCAUACUCUCGGACUGAAAGCCAAGGAUGUUCAGCUGCAGGUCCGCCGACUGGGAGGAGGCUACGGCUGCAAGAUCUCCCGGGGCAACCAGGUGGCCUGUGCCGCCGCCUUGGCUGCUCACAAGUUGAAUCGCCCGGUUCGCUUCGUCCAAUCCCUGGAGUCCAUGAUGGACUGCAAUGGCAAGCGGUGGGCCUGUCGCUCCGAGUACCAGUGUCAUGUCAAAACCAAUGGCAGGAUCGUUGGUCUGUCCAACGAUUUCUACGAGGACGCAGGCUGGAACGCGAAUGAGAGUCCUGUGCAAGGACACUCCACUUUUACAGCCGCCAACUGCUAUGAGUUCACCGAUAGUAACUUCAAGCUGAGUGGUCAUGCUGUCCUCACAGAUGCCCCCAGUUCCACUUGGUGUCGUGCCCCGGGAUCCGUGGAGGGCAUUGCCAUGAUGGAGAAUAUCAUUGAACAUGUGGCAUUUGAAAUCCAGAAAGAUCCAGCUGAAGUCCGGCUGGCCAAUAUUAGCAAGAAGAGUAAGAUGGCCACUGUGCUCCCGGAAUUCUUAAAGUCAAGGGAGUAUUAUGAACGAAGAAAGGAGAUAGAUACCUUUAAUGCCACUAAUCGAUGGAAGAAAAGAGGAUUGGGUUUGUCUGUGAUGAACUUCCCAGUGAUCUACGUUGGUCAGUUUCCGGCCACAGUGACCAUUUACCAUGUGGAUGGGACUGUGGUGGUCACCCAUGGGGGCAUAGAAAUGGGUCAGGGUAUGAACACGAAGAUAGCUCAGGUGGCGGCCUAUACCCUCGGAAUCGACUUGAGCUACGUCAAGGUGGAGUCCUCGGACUCCAUCAAUGGAGCCAACUCGAUGGUCACCGGCUAUGCCAUCGGAAGCGAGAGUGUCUGCUAUGCGGUGCGCAAGAUCUGCGAGACCCUCAACGCCCGUUUGAAGCCCGUGAAGAAGGCCAAGGCCUCAUGGGUGGAGACCGUGGAGGCGGCCAAUGCCCAGCUGAUCAACCUGAUUGCCUCGGAUCACUACAAAACGGGGGAUAUGCAGAACUACCACGUCCUGGGACUCGCGCUCUCCGAGGUGGAGAUGGAUGUGCUGACCGGGAAUAUCCUGAUUCGACGCGUGGACAUCCUGGAAGAUGCCGGCGAGAGCCUGAGUCCCUGGAUCGACGUGGGCCAGGUGGAGGGUGCCUUUGUGAUGGGUCUUGGCUACUGGCUCAGCGAGCUGCUCAUCUACGAGGGCGACAAUGGUCGCCUGCUGACCAACCGCACCUGGAACUACAAGCCACUGGGCGCCAAGGAUAUACCCAUCGAUUUCCGCGUGGAACUGGUCCACAAUCCGGGCCCCAGCAGUGGUGGAUUCAUGGGUUCGAAAGCCACUGGGGAACCGCCUUGCUGUUUGGCCGUCAGCGUGAUAUUCGCUUUACAGCAGGCUCUGCAAUCGGCACGCCAGGAUGCAGGACUUCCAAGGGAAUGGCUUCGCCUGGGGGCGCCCACAACUCCGGAGACCUUGUUGCUGAAUGCCGGUCACCAAGUCGCGGAGUUCAAGUUGAAAUAG